AUGUCUGAGUGGCGGCCAGCCUCUCUGGAAUGGAAGCGAAUUGGGAAAGGUCAAAUUUGUCUUGUUGGCCAACCCAUCUUGAAGACCUUCGAGGCUUCGGGUUCCAAGCUCGAGUCCCGCCGGGUCUAUUCUCUGCUUUUGGGGAUCUUUUUUUGGACGGAGACUAUCUUGAACGAGACCCUGGCGAGGAGGAAAAUGCAGCCUAGUCCAGCCAGAAUGGAACGGUUCUGUGAAGCAUCAGCAACUGAUGUGACCCAAUUUGACUGGAACUCUUUCCUAAAGGCUGGUUGA